UAUCUAAAAAUAACCUGAGAGUGUAGGGUUAAUCUUCUCUUCAAGAACCCGGAAACACAACAAUCUGACAGCUUGUCUUCAUUUCGCCGGUUGAAAGGGAUCCUAGAAUAUAAAGACACAAUGCCUGACCUUUGGCAGGAUGCCAUGGACCAUGCUGUAACUUUGGCCAGAAAAGCAGGAGAGAUUGUGAGGGAGGCUUUGCAGAACGACCUGAAAAUCAUGUGCAAAAGCUCAUCUGUUGACCUGGUCACCAAAACAGACCAGAAUGUGGAGCAGCUUAUUAUUACAUCAGUGAAAGAGAAGUUUCCCGAGCACAGUUUCAUUGGUGAAGAGUCUGUGGCUGCUGGGGAACCCUGUGUUUUAACUGAAAAGCCAACAUGGAUUGUUGACCCUGUGGAUGGGACCACUAACUUUGUGCAUGGAUAUCCAUUUGUUGCUGUAUCCAUUGGCUUUGCUGUCAACAAAACGUUAGAGUUUGGUGUGGUUUACAGCUGCAUAGAAGACAAGAUGUACACGGCUCGAAAAGGAAAAGGUGCAUUCUGUAACGGGCAGCCGCUGCAAGUAUCGGACCAAAAAGAGAUAAACCAGUCAAUCAUCGCAACAGAGUUUGGCUCUAACAGAGAUCCUGAAAACGUGGAAAAGAUUUUCUCUAGCAUGAGGAAGAUCUUGUGUCUGCCAGUUCAUGGGAUACGUGGUGCAGGAUCUGCUGCCAUCAACAUGUGUUUGGUGGCAGCUGGUUGUGUCGAGGCCUAUUAUGAGAUUGGGAUCCACUGUUGGGAUAUGGCAGCAGGAGCGGUCAUCGUUUCAGAGGCCGGAGGAGUUCUCCUGGAUGUUGAAGGUGGACCAUUUGACCUGAUGUCCAGAAGAGUUCUAGCAGCCAAUAACAACAAAAUUGGAGAAAGAAUCGUUCAAGAGGUUGAGGCGUUUCCCGCUGUUAGAGAUGAUGCACCGGUUAACCCCAUCAAAUAAAACUUCUUGUGAAGUAAAGCCCCAGUGUUGUUGAAAUAUGCCAUUAAUACAAUUUAGAUUCACUAAACAUUCUCUGCCACCUUUUCUAUGUUCUGUAAAUGAUUCGUUUCAAAGUGUUGGAAAUGUAUCAGAUUUCUAUGUAAAAACUGUUAAAAGUUUUAAUGCAUUGCCAUUAAAAUGUAUUCAAAGCUUU